AAUAAAGUCAAUUACGUGCGAGUUCAUCAAGGAAUGAAAUAAAAAAAAAUGAGGAUUGAAAAGAAAAUAAUCAUACUAUAAGUGAUAAGUAAUGUCCAAAGUGUAUCGAAAUUUCUCCUCAUCUUCUGCACACAGAACUAAAAGUGGAAUACGAGUGAAUAUAUAAGGAACGAAAAAGAGUUAAUUAUACCGUUCAUUUCUGGUUCUUCUGCUUCAUAAGGUUUUAAGUGUAAAAGUCAUUUUUUUUUUGCUGUUGUGUUGGAACUAAAAUAGAAUACAAAGUCAUAAAAAUGGUUCUUGUUACAAGGGGUGAUUAUAUUUGGAUUGAGCCAAUUACUGGUCAUGAAUUUGAUGUUGCUAUUGGUGCUCGAGUCGUAUCAGCAGAGGGUAGACGAAUUCAAGUUAAAGAUGAUGAUGGAGUUGAACAAUGGCUUCCACCCGAGAGGAGAAUCAAAGCUAUGCAUGCUUCAUCUGUUCAAGGUGUCGAAGAUAUGAUUUCAUUGGGAGAUUUACACGAAGCUGGAAUUUUGAGAAAUCUAUUAAUCCGUUAUAAUGACAAUUUAAUUUAUACGUAUACUGGAUCAAUUUUAGUUGCCGUUAAUCCAUAUCAAAUUUUGCCAAUUUAUACAGCAGAUCAAAUAAAAAUUUAUAAAGAGCGUAAAAUUGGUGAACUUCCACCACAUAUCUUUGCAAUCGGUGAUAAUGCAUAUGCAAGUAUGAAACGAUUUUGUCAGGAUCAAUGCAUUGUCAUUUCGGGAGAGUCAGGUGCUGGAAAGACUGAAAGCACAAAAUUAAUCUUACAAUAUCUUGCAGCAAUCAGUGGAAAACAUUCAUGGAUUGAACAGCAAAUUCUCGAAGCGAAUCCAAUUCUCGAAGCAUUUGGUAAUGCAAAAACUGUACGUAAUGAUAAUUCAUCAAGAUUUGGAAAAUAUAUAGACAUUCACUUUAGUCGUAAUGGUGUAAUUGAGGGAGCAAAAAUUGAACAAUAUCUUUUGGAAAAAUCUCGAAUUGUAUCACAAAAUCCAGAAGAAAGAAAUUAUCAUAUUUUCUACUGUCUGCUAGCGGGUCUGUCAAGUGAAGACAAACGAAAACUGGAACUUGGAAAUGCAAAAGAUUAUCGCUAUUUAACAGGUGGUGGAUGUGUGACGUGUGAUGGACGAGAUGAUACAGCAGAAUAUGCUGAUAUACGAUCAGCAAUGAAAGUUCUCUGUUUUUCUGAUCAAGAAAUAUGGGAAAUACUUAAACUUUUAGCAGCACUGUUACAUACUGGAAAUAUUAACUAUAAAGCAAUAACCAUUGAUAAUCUCGACGCAACAGAAAUUCCUGAUCAAACGAACGCAAAACGUGUUUCAAAUCUCUUAGAAUUGCCAAUGCAAGCAUUUAUUAAUGCACUGACACGGAAAACAUUCUUAGCGCAUGGUGAAACCGUUAUAUCAACUUUAUCGCGAGAGCAAUCAAUUGAUGUAAGAGAUGCGUUUGUAAAAGGAGUUUAUGGACGUCUUUUCGUUUUAAUAGUCAAGAAAAUUAAUAAUGCAAUAUAUAAACCAAAAACAACAAUGAGAACAGCAAUCGGUGUGCUGGAUAUUUUUGGAUUUGAGAAUUUUAAUCUCAACAGUUUUGAGCAGUUUUGCAUCAAUUACGCCAACGAGAAUCUUCAACAAUUCUUUGUGCAGCAUAUUUUUAAAUUAGAACAGGAAGAAUACAAUCAUGAAGCAAUUAACUGGCAGCACAUUGAAUUUGUCGACAAUCAAGAUGCUUUAGAUUUGAUAGCAAUUAAGCAGUUGAACAUUAUGGCACUUAUAGACGAGGAGUCUAAAUUUCCUCGAGGAACAGACCAAACAAUGCUUGCGAAAUUACAUAAAACCCACGGUUCACAUAGAAAUUACUUGAAACCGAAAUCAGACAUUAAUACAUCAUUUGGGUUAAAUCAUUUUGCCGGUGUCGUAUUUUAUGACACGAGAGGAUUUUUGGAGAAAAAUCGCGACACAUUUAGUGCUGAUAUUCUUCAUUUGAUUGCAACAUCGUCGAGUAAAUUUCUUCAGCUUGUCUUUGCAAAUGAUAUUGGAAUGGGAGCAGAAACGCGAAAGCGCACACCUACAUUGUCAACACAGUUCAAGAAAAGUCUUGAUUCACUCAUGAAAACCUUAUCGACGUGUCAGCCAUUCUUUAUUCGUUGCAUUAAACCAAACGAGAUUAAGAAACCUAUGAUGUUUGACAGAAAUUUAUGUUGUCGUCAAUUAAGAUACUCAGGUAUGAUGGAAACGAUAAGAAUUCGUCGUGCGGGAUAUCCAAUAAGACACAAUUUCCGUGAUUUUGUUGAACGUUAUAGAUUUUUAAUUAACGGAGUACCCCCAGCACAUAAAACAGAUUGUCGUGCUCAAACAUCUAGAAUUUGCGCUCAAGUUCUUGGACGAACAGACUAUCAACUCGGUAAUACUAAAGUGUUUCUCAAGGAUGCUCACGAUUUAUUUUUGGAGCAAGAACGUGAUCGUGUAUUGACUAGAAAGAUUUUAAUUCUUCAACGUUCUAUACGUGGUUGGGUAUAUCGCAGACGAUUCUUAAAAAUGCGUGCAGCUGCAGUUGUUGUACAAAAGUAUUGGAAAGGUUAUGCACAAAAGAAACGAUAUCGUAAAAUGAAAAUUGGUUAUAUGCGCCUUCAAGCAUUAGUCCGUUCGCGUGUGCUGAGUCAUCGAUUUAGACACUUGAGGGGACACAUUGUAGGUUUGCAAGCACAUAUUCGUGGGUACUUAACACGUCGAGAAUAUGGGCAUAAGAUGUGGGCAAUAGUCAAAAUUCAAGCACAUAUGAGACGAUUAAUUGCUAUGCAGCGUUAUAAAAAACUUAAGAUUGAAUUCAGAAAACAUCGUGAAGCCAUUCGAAUAAGAAUGAUGGAAGAGGAACAGUUGAAGCAUCAAGGUAAUAAACGAGCUAAAGAGAUUGCAGAAAAAAAUUAUAUAGAGCGAAUAAACGAACUCGAACGAAAAGAAAUGGAAGUAGAAUUGGAAGAUAGAAGAAGAGUAGAAGUUAAGAAAAAUCUGAUUAAUGAUGCGGCCCGUAAACAAGAUGAGCCCGUGGAUGAUGGGAAAUUGGUUGAAGCAAUGUUUGACUUUCUUCCCGAUUCUAGCAGUGAAGCACCCACACCACAUGGAGGUCAUGAAACUUCCGUAUUUAAUGAUCUUCCGUCUGGCAUUCAAAAUGAUGAUGACAUAAUUGGGCCAAUGCAUACUGUAUCUGAAGACGACGAGGACUUAACAGAAUUCAAGUUUCAAAAGUUCGCAGCUACAUACUUUCAAGGAAAUAUCACACAUUAUUACUCACGAAAGCCACUUAAACAUCCUCUACUUCCACUUCAAACACAAGGCGAUCAGCUUGCUGCUCAAGCAUUAUGGAUUACAAUCUUAAGAUUUACUGGUGAUUUACCUGAACCAAGAUAUCAUACAAUGGACCGAGAUAAUACGUCAGUCAUGAGUAAAGUCACAGCAACAUUAGGUCGUAAUUUUAUUCGAAGCAAAGAAUUCCAAGAAGCACAGUUGAUGGGUCUUGAUCCGGAGACGUUUGUGAAGCAAAAACCCAGAUCAAUUCGUCACAAAUUAGUCUCACUCACAUUAAAAAGAAAAAAUAAGCUUGGAGAUGAUGUGCGUAAAAAGCUACAAGAUGAAGAAUACACUGCUGAUUCAUAUCAAUCGUGGUUAGAAUCUCGCCCAACUAGUAAUUUGGAGAAGCUUCACUUCAUUAUAGGCCAUGGAAUUUUAAGGGCUGAGCUACGUGAUGAAAUUUACUGCCAGAUUUGUAAACAGUUAACGAAUAAUCCAUCAAAAUCAUCGCAUGCUCGCGGCUGGAUUUUGCUUUCAUUGUGUGUUGGCUGUUUUGCACCAUCAGAAAAAUUUGUAAAUUACUUGCGAUCGUUUAUUCGAGAAGGUCCACCGGGCUAUGCUCCCUAUUGUGAGGAUAGACUUAAAAGAACAUUUAAUAACGGCACCAGAAAUCAACCUCCAUCUUGGCUUGAACUUCAAGCUACUAAAUCUAAAAAACCAAUAAUGCUUCCCAUAACAUUUAUGGAUGGAAAUACGAAAACACUUCUUGCUGAUAGUGCGACAACAGCACGAGAAUUAUGCAAUCAAUUAUCUGAUAAAAUUCAAUUGAAAGAUCAAUUCGGAUUUUCUUUAUAUAUAGCAUUAUUUGAUAAGGUAUCUUCAUUAGGUAGCGCUGGAGAUCAUAUUAUGGAUGCAAUUUCACAAUGCGAGCAAUAUGCAAAAGAACAAGGUGCUCAAGAACGUAACGCUCCGUGGAGAUUGUUCUUCCGUAAAGAAAUUUUUGCGCCUUGGCAUGAUCCAACGGAAGAUCAAGUAGCAACAAACUUAAUAUAUCAGCAAGUUGUAAGAGGUGUAAAAUUCGGUGAAUAUAGAUGUGAUAAAGAAGAAGAUUUGGCAAUGAUUGCUGCUCAACAAUACUAUAUUGAAUAUAAUACAGAUAUGUCAAUGGAACGGCUUUUUUCGUUAAUUCCAAACUUUAUUCCUGACUAUUGUCUCACAGGAAUUGAAAAGGCUGUUGAAAGAUGGGUUCAAUUAAUUCUUCAAGCGUAUAAGAAAAGUUAUUAUUUGAAAGAUAAAGAUAAAGUUGCAUCCUUAAGAGUCAAAGAAGAUGUUGUUAGCUAUGCAAAAUAUAAAUGGCCCUUACUGUUUUCACGAUUUUAUGAAGCUUAUCGAAACAGUGGACCAAAUCUUCCAAAAAAUGAUGUCAUAAUAGCUGUAAAUUGGACUGGCGUUUAUGUUGUAGAUGAUCAAGAACAAGUACUUUUAGAAUUAUCAUUCCCAGAAAUAACAACAGUAUCAAGUCAAAAAACCAAUAAGGUCUUCACACAAACAUUUAGUCUAGCUACAGUUAGAGGAGAAGAAUUUACAUUCCAAAGUCCAAAUGCUGAAGAUAUUCGAGACUUGGUUGUUUUCUUCUUAGAAGGAUUGAAGAAGCGUUCAAAAUUUGUAAUAGCAUUGCAGGAUUAUCGAUCACCAGGUGAAGGAACAAGCUUUCUUUCAUUCUUAAAAGGUGAUUUAAUCUUGUUAGAGGAAGAUAGUACUGGCGAAACUGUGUUAAAUAACGGAUGGUGUAUAGGAAGAUGUGAAAGAACACAAGAGCGUGGAGAUUUUCCAGCAGAAACAGUUUAUGUUCUACCAACACUCACAAAACCUCCUACAGAUAUUCUUGCACUCUUCAGUAUCGAAGGAAUAACGCACGGUCGUCGAUUAAGUGCUACAUACUCAAAUGGUGGAACUGAACCCCGUGAAAAACCUCAUAAUUUAUCAGAAUAUGCAAUUGAUCAUUUUCGUCCACCGCCCAAACGAACUAUGUCUAAAACACUAACAUUAAGCUCGAAACGCAGUGGAGAAGAAUUAUGGAAAUAUUCACGAGACCCUUUAAAGCAGCCUUUAUUAAAGAAAUUAUUAGCAAAAGAAGAACUGUCUGAAGAAGCCUGUUUCGCCUUUACUGCCAUAAUGAAAUAUAUGGGAGAUUUGCCAUCAAAACGACCUCGAAUUGGAAAUGAAAUAACUGAUCACAUUUUCGAUGGUCCUUUAAAGCACGAAAUCUUGAGAGAUGAAAUUUACUGUCAAAUUAUGAGGCAGUUAACAGACAAUAGAAAUAGAAUAUCAGAAGAACGAGGGUGGGAAUUGAUGUGGCUAGCAACUGGCUUAUUUGUCUGCAGUCAAGGUUUAUUGAAAGAACUUAUGGUAUUCUUAAGAACACGAAGACAUCCCAUUUCUCAGGACUCACUUCAUAGAUUGCAAAAAACAUUAAGAAAUGGCCAACGAAAGUAUCCACCGCAUCAAGUUGAAGUUGAAGCUAUCCAACACAAAACUACACAAAUCUUCCAUAAAGUCUAUUUCCCCGAUGACACAGAUGAAGCUUUUGAAGUGGAUUCUUCAACUCGAGCAAAAGACUUUUGUCAAAAUAUAUCUCAGCGUCUUAAUUUGAGAUCAAGUGAAGGUUUCAGUCUAUUUGUAAAAAUUGCUGAUAAGGUGAUUUCGGUUCCAGAAGGAGAUUUCUUCUUUGAUUUUGUCCGACAUUUGACUGAUUGGAUUAAGAAAGCAAGACCUUCGCGUGAUGGAGCAACACCUCAAUUUACGUACCAAGUAUUUUUCAUGAAAAAGUUAUGGACAAAUACUGUUCCUGGAAAAGACAAAAAUGCAGAUUUAAUCUUCCAUUAUCACCAGGAGCUUCCAAAACUUUUGAGAGGAUACCAUAAAUGUACGAAAGAAGAAGCUGCAAAACUUGGGGCUUUAGUGUAUCGAGUUCGUUAUGGAGAUAGUAAGCAAGAAUUGCAAGCCAUACCCCAAAUGCUUCGAGAGUUGGUGCCUUCAGAUUUGAUAAAACUUCAAGGAUCGAAUGAAUGGAAAAGAGCCAUUGUUUCUGCAUAUAAUCAAGAUGGAGGAAUGACUCCUGAAGAUUCGAAGGUUACUUUUUUGAAAAUCGUUUAUCGUUGGGCCACUUUUGGAUCAGCAUUCUUUGAAGUGAAGCAAACUACUGAGCCUAACUACCCUGAAAUGCUUUUAAUAGCAAUUAAUAAGCAUGGUGUUAGCCUUAUACAUCCUCAAACAAAGGAUAUUUUGGUGACACAUCCAUUCACAAGAAUAAGUAACUGGUCUUCUGGCAAUACGUACUUUCACAUGACAAUAGGAAAUCUAGUUCGUGGUUCAAAACUUUUAUGUGAAACAUCAUUAGGAUAUAAAAUGGAUGACUUACUGACAUCCUAUAUUUCACUUAUGCUGACAAAUAUGAAUAAACAAAGAUCCAUUAGAGUAAAAUAAUUAAUACAAUCUAAUUUAGGUAAUAAAGUAUUGACUACGAUCAUUAACACAUUUUCAUGAAUUAAAUAACAUGGCAAGUUUAUAGUGUAUUUGAAUAUUUAUUGCAUGAUAAUCAGAGAGGGAAUCAGAGAACUGUUUGUUUAAUAAUUUAAUUAACUUUUUGUGUUUUUUCUGCGUUCGCACGUUCUGUCUGAAAAUUGUUGAGACA